AUGGUGUUUCGUCUGGUGAGCGAGGUAUCCAGGCACACCUCGGGGCUUGAAGAUGUCCAUGGAGCGACGGUACUCACUCAAAUACCACCCGGAACCGCCAAACUGUGCUCCCUUACCAAUAAUUACCUUAAUGCCAGAGAACGGUCAGUGAUCCCUAAUCCUAAGCGCUCCGACUUCGCAGAAAAAGGGCUCUCGGGCGGGCUUAUGCCGGGCGCGUUUCAAAUUGAUUUAUACCCGACGAUGAGCAGAUCGGAGUUCUCGCAAAAC